UCUUGGACUGUAGCGACGAAACUCUAUGGUGGAUGAUGGCUGUGGAUGCAUCAUUCUUGCUCGAGUUCCUUCAAGAACUAUUGUAUGCAAUCGAGGAACAUAAAGAUCUCACUAGAGGAUGUUCCUCAAAAAUGUCACAUUUGGUAAACAUGACAGGAAUGAGAAGAAAAUCAACCCACAAUGCCAUCCUGACGGACAUGGUGAUGCUCGAGAAUCAGAUCCCAUUGUUUGUGUUGCGCAAAAUGUUAGAAUUUCAAACCUCUUGUUUUGAGUCCGGAGAUGACAUUUUGGUGGGCAUGCUGGUUGGGUUUUGUAAAGAGGUUUCUCCUUUUAAGACGGUCAAAAUAGUAUUGGAAAAGGCAGCCUUGAGAGACUCUGCGCAUUUGCUAGACGUUGUGUACCACAUUAUCACACCUAAAAUGGAAAGAAUUGACGAAGUGGCAGGUGACGAGAUGACCAAAACUAAUAACCAGCCAGCAACAACCACAACCAGUAAGAAACUUGUACAAGAUGCUCAGAGAAUCAUUCAGAAAAUAAAUGAUUCUGAGCUACUCAAGAGAAUUGUACGCUCAAUGCCAUGGAAGGUGUUGUCAAAUGUCCCUGGACUCAAAGUGGCGCUUCAGCCCAUAGAAUACAUGUGUUUUCCUCUCGAGAAAGAACAAUCACAUGUCAAACGGGAAAACGGAGGCACUAGCAACCCACCUUUGGCAGAGGAAAUCAAAAUCCCUUCUGUGACUGAACUCUACCAAGCCGGAGUCAAUUUUUUCCCUAUAAAUGAAGGGAUUGAGAACAUUUGUUUUGAUGAUACAAAGGUAUUAUUGAGAAACAUGGUAGCUUAUGAGGCGGGGAACACAAGCAUAGAAUCAGUAGUGUUUACGCGUUACACAGAGUUGAUGAACGGGAUUGUUGACACAAAAGACGAUGCUAGAAUUCUCAGAGAGAAAGGAAUUAUUUCGAACCGAUUGAAGAGUGACGAGGAGGUGGCUGAGUUGUGGAACGGAAUGAGCAGGUCAAUAAGGUUGACCAAAGUGCCCUUCUUGGACAAGAUGCCAAUUCGAAUUGAUGUCAGUGGACUGAGUGGUCUAGUAUGCCUGGGAUGGACCAGAGUAGGACUCAUCAAAGCGGUGCCAACAAUCCCAAACCGCAUGACCAGGCUUCCCACAGAGCUGACAAGUGACGAAACCAGGCCGUGGCCCCCCUCUGCCAUGGUCAUGGUGAUCAUCCCGCUGGUGACCAGGAGGACGGCUGCCCCUACCUCCGUACGUACCCCUGCCUCGAGAACUACCCCUACCGCGAGAACUAUAAUCCGCUGGCAGUCCACGGAGUAUGCAAAGGAUGACGUCUUGGUCCGAGAUAUGCUCAUGAGCCAGAGUAAGGGAGGAAACAAUAUUCAAGACAUUGUCAACAUAGGUUUGCAUGGAAUCACUCCCUUUUUGAAGACUAUGGAGACGUUCUUUCAACUGAAAAAUAUGGGUGCGAGAUAGAGAAUUAUACCGUUGCUCAAGAGGUAGAUCUGACAAAAUCAAUGCGGAUAUAAAUCGAGAGAAGAUGGGUUCAGUGGAUCUACAUGACCGAGAUGGUGCAGAUGGCUUCGGCGAUCCAAAUUGAGAUGGUGCAGAUGGGUUGGAGAUCCAAAUCGAGAUGGUGCAGAAGGGGUCGGCGGUGCAUAUGGGUUA